AUGUCGGUGCCUUUGUUGAAGAUCGGAGUUGUGCUGAGCACGAUGGCGAUGAUCACAAAUUGGAUGUCGCAAACGUUGCCAUCCAUAGUUGGACUGAACGCCACGAAACUAACGGUAGCUCCUGCAGGUGUACCGGACCGGAGCACUGGCGUGCUGCCUGCAAACCCAGAGGAGUCAUGGCAGGUGUACAGUUCUGCACAGGACACUGAGGGCAGGUGUGUUUGCACUGUGGUGGCCCCUCAACAGUCCAUGUGUUCCCGUGACGCCAGGACCAAACAGCUGAGGCAGCUUCUGGAGAAAGUUCAGAACAUGACUCAGUCCAUCCAGAGUCUAGACCAGCGAACCCAGAAAGACUUACAGUACGUUCAGAGGAUGGAAGUCCAGUUGCGGGGGUUGGAGACCAAGUUUAAACAGGUGGAAGAAAACCACAAACAAAACAUCGCCAAGCAAUACAAGGCUAUAAAAGCGAAAAUGGAGGAACUUAGACCAAUGAUACCAGUGUUGGAGGAGUACAAAGCCGACGCUAAGUUGGUAAUGCAGUUUAAAGAGGAGGUCAAGAAUCUGACGGGAGUGCUAAGCCAGCUUCAGGACGAGAUGGGGGCAUAUGACUACGAGGAGCUCCACAGCAGAGUGUCAGAUCUUGAGGAGAGACUGCGCGCGUGCAUGCAGAAAUUAGCAUGUGGGAAACUUACAGGUAUAAGUGACCCUGUGACUAUUAAGACAUCCGGGUCAAGGUACGGCUCCUGGAUGACCGACCCCCUCGCCCCUGAAGGAGAUACCAGGGUAUGGUACAUGGAUGGCUACCAUAACAACCGAUUUGUUCGUGAGUACAAGUCCAUGGCUGAUUUUAUGAACUCCGACAACUUCACCUCUCAUCGCCUCCCCCACCCUUGGUCAGGCACGGGUCAGGUGGUCUACAACGGUUCCAUCUACUUUAACAAGUUCCAGAGCCACACUAUUAUCAAGUUUGACUUCAAGACCUCCACCAUCAGCAGGUCCAGUCAGCUGGACUACGCUGGCUUCAACAACCGCUACCAUUACUCCUGGGGAGGGCAUUCCGACAUUGACCUCAUGGUGGAUGAGGGCGGGCUCUGGGCUGUGUACGCCACCAAUCAGAACGCGGGAAACAUCGUCAUCAGCAGGCUUAACCCAGUCACCUUGCAGAUCAUCAAGAGCUGGACCACAAACCAUCCCAAGAGGAGUGCAGGUGAGGCAUUCAUGAUCUGCGGCACACUCUACGUCACCAACGGUUACUCUGGAGGGACGAAGGUCUACUACGCAUUCCACACCAACUCAUCCACCUACGAGUACAUUGAUAUUCCUUUACAAAACAAGUAUUCCCACAUCUCCAUGUUGGACUAUAAUCCCAAGGACAGAGCCUUGUAUGCUUGGAAUAAUGGUCAUCAGGUGCUUUACAACGUCACCUUAUUCCAUGAUGUACACACACACGCACACACACACACACACACACAC